AUGGGCAAACACGCAAUAGAGAGAAAGACUUCCAAAAAGUCUUCUAUAGAACUGCCUAAGCAUUCCAGAAAGAGAUCGAGAGAUGAAUCAGACUCCGAAGUUGAGGUUGACGAGGUAGACACUGAACAGGCUGUUGAUCAAUUAGAUGAUGAGUUCGAUGAGGUAGCGGGACUUCUUGGACAGGACAUCAAGGAUCCAGAAACGAAAGCUGCUGAAAAGAAGCAAGCAAAGGACGAGAAAAGAUUGCAAGAGUUGACAAAGGCGAAAGUAGUGGAGUCAACUGAAGCGACCACUAACUCUGAUAAUGAAUCAGACGACAAUUACUCUUUUGAAAAUGCCGGAUUUUCAGAACCUACAAUGAAAGCUAUUAGAGAAAUGGGCUUCAAGAAAAUGACAAAAGUGCAAGCCAAAACGAUACCCCCAUUGUUGGCAGGAAGAGACGUGUUGGGAGCAGCAAAGACCGGAUCAGGAAAGACAUUGGCGUUUUUAAUUCCAGCAAUCGAACUCUUGUAUUCAUUAAAGAUCAAACCUAGAAACGGUACAGCUGUUAUUAUAAUCACUCCAACAAGAGAAUUGGCACUACAGAUUUUUGGAGUUGCUAGACAAUUGAUGGAGCAUCAUUCACAAACUUGUGGAAUUGUCAUAGGGGGUGCUGAUCGGAGACAAGAGGCAACCAAAUUGGCAAAAGGUGUAAAUUUGUUAGUUGCUACACCAGGAAGACUUUUGGAUCACUUGAAAAACACUCAGGGUUUCGUGUUCUCCAACUUGAAAGCAUUGAUUAUUGAUGAAGCUGAUCGUAUUUUGGAAAUUGGAUUCGAGGAGGAAAUGAAACAAAUUAUAAAGAUAUUACCCAAUGAAGACAGACAGACUAUGUUGUUUUCAGCAACACAGACUACGAAAGUUGAGGAUCUUGCUCGUAUUUCAUUGAGACCGGGACCGUUGUAUAUAAAUGUUGUGCCAGAAAAAGAUGUGUCCACCGCCGAUGGAUUGGAACAGGGGUAUGUGGUUUGUGAUUCAGACAAGAGGUUUCUUUUGUUAUUUUCAUUUUUGAAAAGAAAUGUCAAAAAGAAGAUCAUCGUGUUUUUGUCGUCUUGUAACAGUGUCAAGUUUUACAGUGAAUUGCUUAACUAUAUCGAUUUACCAGUAUUGGAUCUCCAUGGAAAACAAAAGCAACAGAAACGUACAAACACUUUCUUUGAGUUUUGCAAUGCUAAACAGGGUAUAUUGGUGUGUACAGAUGUUGCAGCUAGAGGAUUAGAUAUCCCUGCCGUUGACUGGAUUGUCCAAUUUGAUCCACCAGAUGACCCAAGAGACUACAUUCACAGAGUUGGUAGAACAGCAAGAGGUACCCAAGGAAAGGGUAAAUCAUUAAUGUUUUUAACGCCAUCUGAGUUGGGGUUCUUGAGAUAUCUCAAAGCUGCCAACGUACCACUCAAUGAAUACGAGUUCCCAACAAACAAGAUUGCCAAUGUUCAAUCCCAAUUGACGAAACUUAUCAAGACUAACUACUUGUUGCACCAGUCUGCAAAGGAUGGAUACAGAGCAUAUCUCCAAGCGUAUGCUUCACAUAGUUUGAAAACGGUUUAUCAAAUUGAUAAACUAGAUUUGGUUAAAGUUGGAAAAUCUUUUGGGUUUGAUGUGCCUCCUAAAGUUAACAUCACCAUUGGUGCAAGCGGGAAAUCAAUCGAAAAGAAACACAAGAAACAAAAGAGAGACAAGAACUGA